CAGCAGCCGAAGUGUGCUGUUUAUUUCUCUGGGUGUUUAUAUUUGCACUGGCCUCGUCACCGAAGCUCAUACAGCCUCAUUCAUAAAUGUUAAGCAGUCGAGGCUUAAUGAUGGAUGCAGAAGAAGGAAAGAAAACGAAUGAGCAUCAAUUCCUAUUCCAAGACUGAAACAUCCAGUUCAACAGUUAACCCCAGGACGUCAGAGUUGUGCCUGCGUCCACAGAGUAGACCGGCAUUGAUCUGCGUGCUGCCAUGGCGAACCGGGGGCCCAGUUACGGCCUGAGCCGAGAGGUGCAGGAGAAGAUCGACCAGAAGUACAGCCAGGAGCUGGAGGCCCGCCUGGUGGACUGGAUCAUGGCGCAGUGUGGCGACGGCCUGGAGCGCCCCGAACCUGGCAAGCAGAACUUCCAGAGUUGGCUCAUGGAUGGGACGAUUCUCUGUCGUCUCAUUAACAGUCUCUACCCCAGUGGCAUGGGGCCCAUAAAGAAGAUUCCAGAAAGCAAGAUGGCCUUCAAGCAGAUGGAGAAGAUCUCUCAGUUCCUGGAGGCAGCAGAAGCCUACGGUGUUGUCAGAGGAGACAUCUUCCAGACUGUUGACCUGUGGGAAGGAAAGGACAUGGCUGCAGUCCAGAGGACCCUCAUGGCUCUUGGAAGUGAAGCCCUCACCAAGGACGACGGACAUUACCAUGGCAACAAAGACUGGUUUCACAGGAAAUCCAAAGGCCACCGGAGGGAGUUUUCCGAGGACCAGCUUCGUCAGGGCCGCGCACUGAUUGGAAUGCAGAUGGGCAGUAAUCGUGGGGCAUCUCAGGCAGGCAUGACGGGUUACGGCACCCCGCGCCAGAUUAUGCGGUACGACUCCCCCCGGCGCAAUGGAGACCGAAGCCCCUCUUAAAAGCAGUACAAUCAAAAAUCACCUUCUUUUCCGUUUGAGUUUUUUGUUGUUACCCACUGAUUUUACAAAUUUUUAUGCUUUAUUUUCCUCACUUUUGAUCAGGGACGUGGGAAGACGGUGUAAGUUGGGGGUGCUGACAUUUUUGCAGCAUAAACAUGAGGUACACAGUGAUGUCAUACUAAGUGAAAUUAUUUCACUGAAUAAUUUAAGCUAAUUUGCGUCAAAUAGAACGUUUCUUUAGAAAAUCAUUACGAACGAAUAGAUGAUGAUAACAAUAAAGAGACGGCAAUACUUGGCAUAUAUUUAGCAACUGCUUUCUCAGUCCUGUGGGAUCCCCCACCUAAGAUAAACUGUCCUCCAGAGAAACCGCCUAAUUUUCAAGCAAAUUAAAUAAAUAAGUAGUUUACACUUAAUCAGUGGGGACCUUCAGGGCCUCCUAGGUCUUCAGCGAAGGCCUGAUGAUUUCUGGUAACUCCAAAAUGCAUGUCUGUUAUUUUGAGCUCAUAUUUAUUUCAUAUUAUCCUUCCUGCAACUAUUAUUACGCUACUUGUUGCAUUGUUAUGGUUUGGAUGGAUACAAAUUGUUAAAUUCUUGAAAGGGCAAGCGGAAAAUUGGAAAAUCAGGAGAGUUGUCUCCGAGGUAUUGCCGAGCAAGCUAUCCCAUUGGUUGGGACUUCAGGAGCUGGACUGAAGGCCUUACUUAUUAGAUUAACCACUAUCACAGUGAGAAAGUGAAUUAGAGAAAUCAAUCAUUCAUGCUUUGGAAACAAUUUUGUGAGAAAAAAACAGCCAUUCUGAAACUUCUAGUCACGUCACUGACUCUGGGUACGAGCUGUAGUCGAAUCAGUGGGUUGUUAGAUAUGGAAAACAGUGGCAGCAGGAGUCACUGUGAAACAGCUACAGGCUAAAACAUAAGGUAAUAUGUCUGUUACAAGCUUCAAAUAAAACAUCUGGAAUGAGUUUUAGAAGCUUCAAACGUUUAAUCCAGAGCUGCCAAAUGUGAAUUGCUGUUAGCUCAGCACUAACAAACUACUGGAAUCCCAUAGGGAUGCUAGCAUUAUUGUUGAGGUGGGCUUUUUCCUCAUAUUUGGACCACGUUUUGACAUUUAUGGUAUAAGUUGAAGGCCUAUUUCUAAUAAUCAUGGUUUGCCCAUGCAAGCAAUAUUAAUACGUCUUGUGAUCACUUUUGCAGUAUAUCCGUUGAACUUGGUCCAUGGCUGCGUUCAAAACUCAAAACCUCCCCUUGGCUAAACAUGCUCUGAGCUCUGCUAGCAUUGCAACACUUACAUUGGGAACAGAAGCAACAGACUGUAACACUGGUUCACCAACUAAAGUCCUAUUCAGACGGGAUUAGUUCUCCAUGGGGAGGUGGGUAAUGCCAGUUUAUCUCAGGACGUCUGUGUCUAGGUGAUGGGACUGGCUACUCCAUUUACCUGCUGUCUUUAAUCCACUAACGAAUAUAAAAGAUGUUAAAACAUUUAAUUUAGCCAGGACAGUGUUAUAAGUGACCUGCCAGCCAGAACGCUGCAGUUUUUUCUGUCACCUCAUGGUGGCAGCAGUGCUGUAAAUUACAGUGUAAUGUGGCACACUGUGAAGUUAACUAAAGUUUUUUCUUUGACUAAACUGGCAGCUUCCUUUACUGAAUACUUCUUAUCAGAGCAAAUUCAGGAGAUCAGUGAAUAUUAACUGUUCAAAGUUUAACAAAACACAGUAUGACCUGGCCCUUUUUGGAGUUUGGACCACCUCCAGGGGAGAGCUAAUGCCCAAAACAAGUUAACACAAACCCAAACCUAACCCAAGCUAACACAAACAACUACCCUGCCGGAGAUUAAGAGUUACAUGACCCAUUACAAAAAACAUCUAGAACUGAACAAGACAAGCUGAACCACGGCACUGGGUUUGAUCGGGUCAGUGGAAGAGCGGAUGGCACAGGCGCAACAACCCAGAGCUGGGUUAUUAGGAGCCUGGCCACCUCCUGUUCACCCACAUGUUACAUCAAAACAGGACUGCAAAACAGCAGAGGGCGCCCGUGAGCAAGUCCUCAAUGAAUGAGAGUGAAUGGAGCUGACAGCCCAGAACUUUCAUUUUAGGACGUAGAAGGAUGUAUUUCACUUAAAAAGGAAAGAAAACUUUCCAAUAUAUUACCUUUUUUCUACAGUAAGCAGGGUUUGAGCAGCAGGACGCUGGUAUUACUGCUACUGAGUGCUGAUUGGUUGGCGAGCGGAGCAGUUCAUUGGCUGUUUGUGAUCAUAGACAUCAUGAACGUAUAUGAGACAUUGUUUUAAACUCCAAUAAUUCGAGUUCAAAGCUCUUCAAAAUAUAACAGCAGUGUUUAAAUGUUUUAUGCUGUUCUGUGUUCAAGAAAUUAUUGCAUUCUAUUACAUUAAAAAUGUUUAAGCACUUAUAAACUAUGAUUUUGUUCAAAUCCUCCAUAUCAACCCAUUCAUUUCGGGAGCGCCCUCUAGCAUUUGAGAAACCCGUAAGACAUAACAGUGUUAAUUCUGCUCUCUACAAGUUCUCUGGCAACAACCAAAGCAGCUAGUGACCAUCUUGCUUUCCCUGCCCCUUUUGUAGCUGAAGUGCCCCCUGCUGCAGCCAAUAAGAAGUCUCCAAAUUCUCUUGCUAGUAAAUAGGUGGAACACAAAAAAGUGAAAGACGAGAGGGCAAGGCAGCAAAAGCAGGUAUAUGCACCCUAACAGCCGUAACAAUCGGUGAGAAGCGCUGAUAAUAAUUGCAUUACCCCACUUCCCCAUAUAAAACUAAUCCAGUCCGAAUAGGGCUUAUAGCACCAAUUGGGCUCACGGAACUUUAGGCGACUCUGGAAAAGACAGUGGCAAAAGCCAUAGGCUAAUUCAGAAUUUGAAAAUAUGGAAAUUAUAAAUUAUGUAUAAUUACAUUUUGUUAUUACUUUGCGAUUGCAAUCCUGACAACAAGGGGUGCUGCAGCCCCCUCAGCACGCCCACUUCCCACAUCCCUGCUAUUGAUACUGGAUCUCACUAGAGCUCAGGAGAACUAACCUGCAGAACUUACCUGAAGGAGCAAAGUGGAGAAGAAAGACAAAUCAGACCAAGCUACAUUCUAGCUCAUGGGCUAUUAUGGAACCCUUUAGUUCCAAGUUUAGUUGUGUUGCACUGCAGUAUUGAUGGGAUUGCAUGUAUUGUACAUAAGAGCACUGAUCUGGAACCAGGGUUCGUCUUUCUAAUCCCAGAGAAUAACACCACAAGCUGAUCCUAGAUCAGCACUUCUGAGUGAUGUGUGUUCUCAGAGAAAUACUUGCUCCAAAGAGCUAACCCAGUCAAAAUACUGCAUGUCUUAAAGAACGGUAAGGUGUGACACACGUAUGACAGUGUUUUGUUGGUAUAUUUAUUUAUUUUUAUUGCUUUAUUUAUCGUUGUGGUGCCCAACAAUGCUGUUAACAUGAUUACAUUCAAAUUAAUGACCACAAAUCACCUUUGUCUUAUGUGUGGUUACAGUAUGGCUACACCUUCAUUCCUACUAGAUACAAACCUACAUGUAUUAGUCAGUAUAAUGCUAUUAUAAUGUUGCUGUAAUGUGUUAUAAAAGCAAUGUCAUUUCUAAUUCUGAUCAGAAGCCAUAUAAGCCAAUAGCAUUGCGCUUUUAAGCAGUGUGUUAUUAUAUAUGACAGACACCACUGUACCAGUAGAUUUGAUGGCGUGCUUUAAAGCUCAGAUGAGUAUUCUGGGAAUCAGCUCAUACUUUGGCUUGGUUUUCUUGUUUUUUGUUCACCUUUGGUUGGGAAAACUGUGCCAUUUAGUGUUGGCUCAUUCCAACAGAUGCUUAAAACUUGUCUUUUGUCCAGCAGUCAUCUAGAUUGAGUGAUGUUACGUUGAUUGAGAUGCGGACUGGUGGGGCUCCUAAACUGGGUCUGUUUCCACGUGGACAAACGCCAUGUGGCUCAGCUGCGCUCCAUCAUUGCGCCGUAGUUUUGACUCAGCUGUCUGCUAGGCUGUGUUCACGUUAUGCAUAUAAUGAAAAGAAGAAUGGCUAAUGCAACAGGAACGCUGUUACCAUAGCAACGCUGUUAGCUCUGAUGGCUUUAUAUCUAGUCGUUUGGUCAUAUUUCGACUCCUUAAUGAUCUUCUAAUUCAGAGAAUCGUGAUAUUGUGGGGAAAAUUCAUGCAGGAUAAAAUGUAUCGGCUUUUUUGUUUGUCAAGGCGCAACAGGCAGUUUUCAAAAACACCACUCAUUUUUCCCAUGGAGAGAAAUGGCUUAGCCCCAUAUUUCCUUAUAUGGGCAUGACACCCACUAAAGCAGGGGUGCCCAACUCCGGUCCUGGAGGGCCGGUGUCCAGCCCAGUUUGGAGGUUUCCUUACUCAAACACACCCACUUAACCUGGCAAUUAACAGAACAGUGUAAUCAGGUGUGUUGGAGCAGGUAAAUCACCAAACUGUGUUGGACACCGGCCCUCCAGGACCAGAGUUGUGCACCCCUGCACUACAGAAUGACGCACCACUUUAAAGCUCCAUCAUAUUGCUAACUAGCUUGCUUGUUUAUAUUAUGAAAAAAGCGGUGGACACUCUACCCUCCAUUUUUCACUAGCCAGCUGAGCUGCGACCUGAUUGGUCAGAUGAUUUUGAAAAUGGGACAGAUCACUCGGGACUUUUCUAAAACUUUCAAAAAGUGACAUCACAGGUUUUUUGGAAUGAGCCGACCAAUCAGGAGUCUUGUCUCAUGAAGCAAGUAAGUAGGAAACUCAGGGGUCUCAACUGAGCUUCAGCUUCACAAACCCAACACACACGUCAAGCGGCUUAUGCCUCAUAGAAAGAAAGGGAAAUAAUCGUUUGUAAAUAUGUAGAAUGUAAAGCCUUUAUAAUAGGAGAAAGCAACACUGUUGCCUUGGCGACUGAUGCCGCAAACAGAAGGUCGAUGGUUUCAGACACACCUGAAAUCGGGACCUCUUUCGCGAUUAUAGGGAUGUCCUUUUUAGCCUCAAAAUUGGCCCGACUGUCCUGUAGUGCGGGCCAGGCUUCAGCUGAGUAAGCAUGAAGUCCAGCUUCAUGAGACACUCCUCAGUUCACAGUUUAGCAGCCCAGUGAAAACAAUCACAACGAAAGAUGGCUGCUGCCCAUACGAUAGAAAAUAAGCGCUGGCGGUUGAUGGAAAACGCCUGGAGUGGACACAGCAUUACCAUGACCUCAGAUAGAACCUGAACAACAUUCCAGAACUGAAUGCUAUGAUGUCACAGUGAUAAAUGAUGUCAUAAAGCCUGUUGGAGGCAGGUGGUUAAAAAAAGCCAAAAGUGAUGCAAUGGAGUUGAUUUCAUGUGCUCAAUGAUAAUGUCUGAAUGCAGUAAUAACAUAAAUGCAACUCAUAAAUACUGCAGGAGUUUACUACAAAUAUAUACGUAUAUUAUAAUAUACUACAAUAUUAACUGUGAUAUUAUGGUGCCAUUUCAUUUGUUAACUGUUACAAUUAAGCUAAAUCCAAGUUAUGUCGUACAUACAUAGCAAUCUGUAUUAUUGAUGAUUAUGAUGAUUUUGCUGUUACAUUGUUACAUUGCUUGCUUAUUUCAUGUUUUACAAAAACCUUGAAAUGAAAAUUAUAGCCAGUUACAGUAAAAUACAGAUUUUUUUUUACAUGCCAAAACGCACGAGACAGUAUCCGUGGACAUUCAGACGUCCGUCCGGUGUUGCUUGGCUAUUUACGAAUGUGUUCUCCUCACUAAACCCAGAUCUUGUCUCUUUAUCUUCACUGAUGGCUGUUAAAUGUAAAAAAAAAAAAGAAAAAAAAAAAGCAUAUGGUAAAGGUGCUGAAAUAGCUGAAGAAAAAAAUGGUGUUUUCCGC